AUGAAAAGGGCUUCUUUGGAUUUUCAUCAAUCCCAUACUGUUGAUGAAGAAGCCAAAUCAAAGCUUAAAUAUCAAACACUGGCGAAUGAAUUCUUGGAAUUGCAAAAGGAAUUUGUUUCGAAGAAAAGGAAAUUAAAAGCUGCAAAGCAAAGAAGGGAUACAUUUUUUGCUGAAGUAAGAUUUUUGAGGCGAAGACAAAAAUAUUUGUAUAAAAUAAAGCAUUCAAAUAAGGGGAAAGAUCUUCUCCUUUUGCCAAAUUCAGAUGAAGAAAUCAAUGUCUCUGAAGGCGAAAGAAAUCUUAGUGUCUAUGAAGCUGCACCUGGAAAGUCAGAAUUGGUCCUGGUCUCAAAUUCACACAUGAAAAGUGAGGAGGAUGGAGGACAACACCAAGUUCUUGAGAAGGAACUGAGAUUUGCCAAUGAGCCGAAGAAUGGCUUACUUCACGGUAAAGCAGUUGAAAAGAGGAAGAUCUCAUGGCAUGAUCAGUUCACUCUUCAGGAUAAGAACCCGCUAAAAAGCACACACUUUGGAAUUUCGUUUGGUUUUUCUCGCCGAACCUCUUGCGCUAGACAAGUGUAA